AUGAUAACUGUAACGUCAAGCACAUCCGAAACAAAUACAGCUACAACUACUACUGAAACAACUACAACCCCAACGACAACUGUAACAUCAACCACAUCCGAAAUAACAACUCCCACCACUACUGAAACAACUACCAACCCAACCACACUUAUAAUGUCAACCACAGCCGAUACAACUACAACCCCAACGACAACUGAAACAACAAUUCCAACUACGACUGAAACUAUAACCACCCCAACCACAACUGUAACAUCAACCACAACCGAAACAACUACAACUCCCAUGACUACUGGAACACCUAUAACCCAAACAACAACUGUAACGUCUGCCACAUCCGAAACAACUACAACCCCAACGACAACUGUAACGUCAACCACAAUCGAAACACUGACAACUCCAUCUACUCCUGAAGCUACAACAACCACAACGACAGCUGUAGAGUCAACCAUAACCGAGAAAUCUACAAUUCUCACUACUAGUGAAGCAACUGCCACCCCAAUGAUUACUGAAGCAACAACUCUUACUUCUACUGAAACAACUACCAACCGGAUGACAACUGUGACGUCAAUCACAUCCGAAACAACUUUGACUCCAACUACUACUGGAAUAAAUGCCAUCCCAGCCACUGCUGUAACAUUAACGACAGCCAAAACAACUACAACCCCAACAACACGUAAAACAACUUCUACCCCAACAACAACUGUAACGUCAACUACAACUGAAACAAUGAAAACUCCCACUACUAUGGAAACAACAACUACCCCAACCACAACUGUAACAUCAACUAUGACUGAAACAACUACAAGCCCAACAAAAAUUGAAACAACUACCACUCCAACAACUGUAGUGUCAACCACAACCGAAACAAUUACAACUCCCAUAACUAUUAAAACAUUUACAACCCCAACUACAACUGUAGAGUCAAUGACAACCGAGAAAACAACUCCUACUACUACUGAAACACCUAUCACCCCAACGACAAGUGGAACAUCAACCACAACCGAAACAACUACCAUUACUACUGAAACAACUACCAACCCCACCACAACUGUAAUGUCAACCACAAUCAAAACAACGACCACUGAAACAACACCUCCUACUACUAUUGAAACAACUACCACCAAAACUGUAACGACAACUUCAACACCAACUAAAAUAACAACUCCCACUACUACGGAAACAACUACCACCCCAACGACAACUAUAACGUCAACCACAACUGAAACACCAACAACACCAUCUACUCCUGAAGCAACUAUCACCCCAACGACAUCUGUAACCUCCACCACAACUGAAACAACAACAAAUCCCACAACAACUGGAACAACUACAAUGCCAACAAUAACUGUGGCAUCAACCACAACAAAAAUUGCCACCCCAACAACGACUGUAGCGUCAACCGCAACUCCCACGGGCACUGAAGCUACUACCACCCUAACGACAACUCUAAUGUCAACCACUUCCAAAACAAUGAAAGCUCCCAUGACCACUGAAACCAUUUCAACCCCAAUGACAACUGCAGUGCCAACCACAACCGAGACAACUACAACUCUCACUACUACGGAAAAAACUACAACCGCCACAACAAUGGGAGCAUCAACCAAAACCGAAACAACAACUCCCACAACUACUGAGACAACUAGCACCCCAACGACUGCUCGAGUGUCAACCACAACUGAAAGAAAUACAACGACCACCCCAACGACAACUGUGACGUCAACCACAAUCAAAACAGCUACAGCUUCCACCCCGACAAUAACUGUAUUGUUAACAAAAAACGAAACAACUGCAACUCCCGCCACGACUGAAACAACUCCAAUCGCCACUACAACUGUAUUGUCAACCACAACCAAAACAACCAGAACUACCAGCCCAACAACAACUCUAAAGUCAACCAGAGCCGAAACAACUAAAAUGCCCUCAAGCACGGAAGCACCUACAACCCCACUGAAAAAUGUAAUGUCACACACAGUCAAACAAAUGACAACCCCCACUACAAGUGAAUCAACUACAAUCCCAACAACUGUAGCAUCAACCACAACUGACAAAACAACUCCCACGACCACAGAAGAAAUUACAACCCAAACAACUGUGCCAUCAACCACAACCAGAACAUCUACAGCUCCCAAGACUACUGAAAUAACAACAAAUCCAACGACAAUUGAAAUCUCAUCCACAACCGAAAAAAUAACUCCCACUACUACUGAAACAACUGCCAUCCCAACAACAACUGUGACCUCAACCACAAUUAAAACAACUACAAAUCCGAUGACUACUGAAACAACUAUCACCCCAACAACAAGUGUGAAAUCAACUACAACUGAAACAACUACAAAUCCAACAACUACUGAAACAACAACUACCAUCCCAACAACAACUGUAGCCGAAACAACUACAACUGCCACCCCAAUGACCACUGUAACAUCAACAACAAAAGAAACAACUAUAGCUCCCAUGACUACUGAAACAACUACCACCCCAAAGGCAAAUGUGAUGGCAACCACAACCAAAAAAUCUACAACUCACAGGACUACUGAAACAACUACAACCCCACCGACAACUGUAGCGUUAAUCAAAACCAAAACAAUGACAACUACCACUACUGCUGAAACAACAAUCACCCCAAUGAGAACUGUCACAUCAACCACAACCGAAACAACUACAACUCCCACGACAACCGAAACAACUCCUAUAGCAACGACAACUGUAAUGUCAACCACAACUACUAACCCAACGACAACUGUAAAGUCAACCAUAGCCGAAACAACUAAAACGCUGUCAAGCACGGAAGCACCUACAACCCCACUGACAAAUGUAAUGUCACACACAAACGAACCAAUGACAACCCCCACUACAACUGAAUCACCUACAAUCCCAACAGCAGCUGUAGCAUCAACCAAAACUGACAAAACAACUCCCACGACCACAGAAGAAAUUACAACCCAAACGACAACUGUGGCGUCAACAACAACUAGAACAUCUACAGCUCCCAAGACUACUGAAACAACGACAAACCCAACGACAACUGAAAUCUCAACCACAACCGAAAAAAUAACUCCCACAAUUAUUGAAACAACUACCAUCCCAACAACAACUGUGACCUCAACCACAUCCGAAAUGACAGCUCCCACUACUACUGAACCAACUACCACCCCAACGAGAGCUCCCAAUGACAACUGUAAAGACAACCACAGCCAAAACACCUACAACUCCAACUACUCCUGA